CCACAGAGUUGAAUUCCAACUCAUAGGGACCCUACAGGACAGAGUAGAACCGUCCCCUAGGGUUUCCAAGGCUGUAAAUCUUUAUGGAAGCAGACUGCUGCAGGUGGGUUUGAACUACCAGCCUUUUGAUUAGCAGCUGAGCGCUUAACCACUGUACCACUAGGGCUCCUUCCCACUAAUUAUAAACUGAAAUAAACAGAAACAAUCAGGGAGGUGUGAUGGAGAGUGAGUUGGGACAGAAGAAGGGGUUGCUCUGGAUUAGGUGGACAAGGAAGGCCUCAUUGAGGAGGUGACUUAAGCUGCAUCUUCAAAGAGGCUGAGUUCCAGGCAGAGGUAACACGUGCAGAAGCCCUGCUGCAGAAAGCACUUUGGGAUGUUGAGGAAGCCAAGGGAAACCCAUGGGGCUGGAACAUAGGAGGCAAGGAUGACAAAGUCAAGAAAGUCCCAAGCUAGAAGAGGAGGAAAGGGCCAGACCUGCAGAGCUGCUGGUAAGCCACUUUGGACUGAAUAUUCUGAGGGCUAGAGGCAACCAUAGAAAGGUUUCAUGCAAGGGAAUACUGUCUUUAAAAGACUCCUGGCUGUUCAUGAGGGUCAAGAGUGGAAGUGGGUCCAGUGAAAAGACCGCUGCAGUUACCCCAUGAGAUGUGAUGGCAGCCUAGACUUAGGAUGAGAAGUUGUAGGACCUGGGCAGUAUUGUGGAGGUAGAGCCAAGAGGUGGAAGUGACCCAGAUGGGGCAGCCAUAGGAGAAGCAGAUAGGGGUCAGAAUUGCCCCCAUCCCUUUACGGGCUGCCUGGACAUCCUAAGAGAGAAGGUCUAGGAAGCACCGGCCACGAGAAUCUGGAGCUCAGGGGAGGCCAGUGGGCUGCAGCAGGUUGUCGGGGGAAAAAGCUCCAGAAAUCCAAAUCGGACGGCUACCGGCAAGCAGGCCGGCAGGCUUGCUGGUGGAUCCGGACCCUCAAGUCGCCGCCAGGGGGCAGAACUCAGGCCAUACUGCGCAGACGCUUGCUAACCCUUCUCCAUGGCAACGAGGACCCACGCGACCCCAACCGCUCCGCAACAGUCCUGUCCUGGACUUCGUCCCCACCGGAGCCUUUCGUUUCCAAGCGUGGCCCUGUGUCAGAUUCUCCCAGUGCCAGCUGCGGCCCCAAGUCAGCCGGACCCCACCUUCCCGUUUUCUGUCCUCAUCCCCGAUAUGGGCGACCUGGAGCUGCUGCUGCCGGGCCAGGCGGAUGUGCUGGUGCGGGGUCUGCGCAGCUUCCCGCUGCGCGAGAUGGGCUCCGGAGGGUGGAACCAGCAGCAUGAGAACCUGGAGAAACUGAACAUCCAGGCCAUUCUGGAUGCCACGGCCAGCCAGGGUGAGCCCAUCCAGGAGCUGCUGGUCACCCAUGGGAAGAUCCCAACACUGGUGGAGGAGCUGAUCACAGUGGAGCUGUGGAAGCAGAAGGUGUUCCCUGUGCUGUGCAGGCUGGAGGACUUCAAGCCCCAGAACACGUUCCCCAUAUAUAUGGUGGUACACCACGAGGCCUCCAUCAUCAAUCUCCUAGAGACGGUGUUCUUUCACAAGGAGGUGUGUGAGUCAGCAGAAGAUACCAUCUUGGACCUGGUGGACUACUGUCACCGCAAACUGACUCUGCUGGUGGCCCGGAGUGGCCGUGGUGGCCCCCCUGAGGAGGAGGGGUCCCAGGACAGCACUCCCAUGCAGGAGCUCCAGAAGCAGGCAGAGCUGAUGGAAUUUGAGAUCGCACUGAAGGCCCUCUCAGUGCUGCGCUACAUCACAGACUGCAUGGACAGCCUUUCCCUGAGCACUUUGAGUCGCAUGCUCAGAACCCACAACCUGCCCUGCCUCCUGGUGGAACUGCUGGAACACAGUCCCUGGAGCCGGCAGGAUGGAAGCAAGCUGCAGAGAUUUGAGGGUGGCCAUUGGCAGACUGUGGCCCCCUCAGAGCAGCAAAAGCUAAGCAAGCUGGACGGGCAGGUGUGGAUCGCCCUGUACAACCUGUUGCUAAGCCCUGAGGCCCAGGCCCGCUACUGCCUCACAAGCUUUGCCAAGGGUCAGUUGCUCAAGCUUCAGGCCUUCUUCACAGACACAUUGCUCGAUCAGUUGCCCAAUCUGGCAGACCUGCAGAAUUUCCUGGCCCACCUGGCCUUGGCCGAAACUCAGACCCCCAAGAAGGACCUGGUGUUGGAACAGAUCCCAGAAAUCUGGGAGCGGCUGGAGCGAGAGAACAGAGGCAAGUGGCAGGCUAUUGCCAAGCAUCAGCUUCGGCACGUGUUCAACCCCUCGGAGCAGGACCUUCGGCUGCAGGCACGGAGGUGGGCUGAAACCUACAGGCUGGAUGUGCUGGAGGUGGUGGCUCCAGAGCGGCCCCGCUGUGCCUACUGCAGUGCAGAGGCCUCCAAGCGCUGUUCCAGAUGCCAGAAGGAGUGGUAUUGCUGCAGGGAGUGCCAAGUCAAGCACUGGGAGAAACACGGAAAGGCCUGUGUCCUGGCAGCCCAGGGUGACACAGCCAAGUGAGGGCUACAGCUGCAGAGGGCUGACUACUCCCGCCAAGGGAUCCUACCGAGAGUGCGCCCGUGAACCUCAAAGGAUCCUACCGGGAGUGCGCCCCUUAACCUUGAGACCUCU